CAGCCCAGCUGCUGGGGCCAGUGGCAGGAGCGCCGCACGCUGCCAGCCGCAAGGGGCGUGGGAUGUGGGAGGCAGAAGAGGGGGCGCCGGCUCGGAUCAGAGCCAACCGCACACUUCAAAAGGCUGUGGGGCUGCGCUUCCCUCCUGCGCCCCGGGAACUUCAAAGCAGCUGGCACUGUCCCGGCGCCUAGCUCCGCUCUGUGGCCUCGCAGCGCCAGCGCGGCCGCUUGGUGGCCAUGACCCGAGCGCUCUGCGCAGCGCUCUGCCAGGUUCUCCUGCUGCUCGCCGCAGCCGCCGCUCUCUCAGCAGGACUGAAGUGUGUAUGUCUUUUGUGCGACUCUUCAAACUUCACCUGCCAAACAGAAGGAGCAUGUUGGGCUUCAGUUAUGCUAACCAACGGGAAAGAACAGGUGACCAAGUCCUGUGUCUCUCUCCCAGAAUUAAAUGCUCAAGUCUUUUGUCAUAGUUCCAACAAUGUCACCAAAACCGAAUGCUGCUUCACAGAUUUUUGCAACAACAUAACACUGCACCUUCCAACAGCAUCAACAAGUGCCCCCAAACUUGGCCUCAUGGAGCUGACCGUUGUUAUUACAGUGCCAGUUUGCCUCCUGUCCGUAGCUGCAGUGCUGACCAUAUGGGCGUGCCAAGGUCGACAGUGCACGUACAGGAAGAAAAAGAGACAGAAUGUGGAGGAGCCCCUCUCUGAGUGCAACCUGGUCAAUGCUGGAAAAACUCUAAAAGAUAUGAUUUACGACGUGACUGCCUCUGGAUCUGGAUCUGGUCUACCUCUGUUGGUUCAAAGAACAAUUGCCAGGACGAUUGUACUUCAGGAGAUAGUAGGAAAAGGUAGAUUUGGUGAGGUCUGGCAUGGAAGAUGGUGUGGGGAGGAUGUGGCUGUGAAAAUAUUCUCCUCCAGAGAUGAAAGAUCUUGGUUUCGAGAGGCAGAAAUUUAUCAGACGGUUAUGCUGAGACAUGAAAACAUCCUUGGUUUCAUUGCUGCUGACAACAAAGAUAAUGGAACUUGGACUCAACUUUGGCUUGUCUCGGAAUAUCAUGAACAGGGCUCCUUAUAUGACUAUUUGAAUAGAAACGUAGUGACAGUGGCUGGAAUGAUCAAACUGGCGCUUUCAAUAGCUAGUGGCCUGGCUCACCUUCAUAUGGAGAUUGUGGGUACACAAGGUAAACCUGCUAUUGCUCAUCGAGAUAUAAAAUCAAAGAAUAUCUUAGUGAAGAAAUAUGAAACUUGUGCCAUAGCCGAUUUAGGAUUAGCUGUGAAGCAUGAUUCAAUACUGAACACUAUUGACAUACCUCAGAAUCCUAAAGUGGGAACCAGAAGGUACAUGGCCCCUGAAAUGCUUGAUGAUACAAUGAAUGUGAAUAUCUUUGAGUCUUUCAAACGAGCUGACAUCUAUUCUGUUGGUCUGGUGUACUGGGAAAUAGCCCGAAGGUGUUCAGUUGGAGGAACUGUUGAGGAGUACCAGUUGCCUUAUUAUGACAUGGUGCCUUCAGAUCCCUCAAUAGAGGAAAUGAGAAAAGUUGUUUGUGACCAGAAGUUUCGACCAAGUAUCCCAAACCAGUGGCAAAGCUGUGAAGCACUCCGGGUCAUGGGGAGAAUAAUGCGGGAGUGUUGGUAUGCAAAUGGAGCCGCCCGCCUAACCGCCCUUCGCAUUAAGAAGACUAUUUCUCAACUUUGUGUCAAAGAAGACUGCAAAGCCUAAUGAUGAUAAUCAUGUUAAAAAGAAAUCUUUCACAGCUUUCUUUCUCAUUUUUCCCUCUUUAUGUGAAUGUUUUUGCCUUUUUUGUUGUUGUUAUUCUACCUCAAACAUAAUGCAGUACAGUAUUUAAGUGCCCAAAGGCAGCAUGAAGAAAUAACUCUAAAAUUAAGCAUGGGCAGGAGUUGGCUUCAUCAAAUUUUCAUGCUGUUUUUUAUUUUAUUUUGAAAAGCAACACAUCAACUCACCUGUUUAUAAGAAAGAUAUUGCAAAAGUGUAAAAUAAGCUAUAUAAAAAUUAUAAAAGUCAUUAAAGUUUUAUUUUACUUGAAUUAAGAGCACAUGAAUGAAUGGGGAAAAGUGUGUUGAAAGAAGUGAGAUGGAAACAUAUUCAUUAAUAAUGUGAACUAGAGUAUGUUAUAUCUAAACCAACCUUUAGAUUAUGCAAUCAAUGAUAUUCUCUAUUUUUAAAAUUAAGCAGGAUCUUUUAAAAAAUAAAUAUUGCUCAAAACUUUAGUAUAUAAAACAUGUAAAAGUGGAGCUGCUCUGUUGGAAGAUGGAAGUGAGUCAACUUACUUGGUCCCCUGCCACCCUCCCUUACUCUUCAAAAUCCAUUGCCAUUGCAGCAUCUGAGGCCAACAGUUUGAAAGCCACUAAAACUGUUACUUCCCCUCAUUUACAAAUGGGGUACCUGACAUCUUGAAACAUUGAGAAAUGUUCCAAAGUCACACUGCUAAUGGUAGAGCUGCCUCUAGGUCCAAGUCUUGUGACAAUCCACACUGUAGUGUUAGCAGGCUUCCUACUGCCAUUUAAUUCCCAUAGUACUUUUCUCCCCGUGUAAAAAUAAUCUUUUAUGAUGAUAUUUGUGGUUUAGUAAAACAGAAGACAAAUUGAGUUAUUUCUGCAGAAUCAUCCUGGCACUGCAUGAACUCUUAAGACGAUAUUCAUUGAUGUUUUCCUUGUAGAAACAUCAUAGUCACCUUUUUUGUUAGAUAUGUAUUAAUGUUUUCUGAACACUUCUAGAGAUUAAUCAAGCAUAAAGAUCUGUUGUCAGAAGAAGCCUUUAAGAUGCAUUUCGGGGGUCCCUGCUACUUUUCUAUACACACAUUUAGAAAGGAAAGAACAGGAAAGGAAGAGGAAACUAAGAGAUUAUGAAGAAAAAUUAAGAAAAUUUUAAAUGAAGUAUACCAACCAAAUUCUACAGAGGGUAUCAGUAACUAUAAACAGAUAUUUCCCUACCCUUUCAAAAUGAUCCAGUGGGUGCAGAAGAAGAAGGCUCAUGAUAAUUUUGUCUUUAUUCUACUUCCUGUGGAGACAGAAGUGAUGAAUUGUGAAUAAUACAUGGAACAUUAAAUAUUUCCUUCAAACCUAUAAUUCUGCUUUGAUGAAGGAGUUUUAAGAUGGUAUCUUUUAUUGAUCUAAAAUACUGUUCCCUAAACUCUGUCCCUUAGAAUACUCUUUUGAGAUGAUCCAAGACCAAAAGUGUUCUUUGAUAGAUUCUGAGGUGAUACUGCACAUUAGUGUGUCAUGUUCUCUGAGGAGUCUAGCAGUAAAGAAAUAUUACAUGACCUUUAUAAUAAUGUCACAUUUCAUAUGUAUAAAUUAGAUAUGGAUGGAUCACAGACAUUACACUGAAGCAAUUUUAACACAUUAUAGCAGAACUUGGCAUAUGCAUUACAGUUUUAAAUAAAUUUCCAAAAAAAAUGUUAUAUGAAUUUCUUUAGGUUCAAUUUCCCAAAUUAUUUGACCAUGGAACCCUUUUAUUAAGAGCAAGGGAAACCUUCUACUAUCCCAAAAGGUUCUGCAAUGCACAACUUAGGUAACAAUGUUCUGAAGUAUAUACCUAUGUAUUUUCAUGUAGAGCACAAUUAGUGCUUAUACUUCAUUUUGCUGUGGAAUUCUGUUACUAUACCCAUUCUCAUUUGACUAGAAUGAAAUAUCAAAGGCAAAAAAAUAUGACAGCUGUGGUUUGCAUAUACUUUUACUCUCAUUCAUGAAGUUAUCCAUUCCUUAAAUAAUAUGGGUCAUCCCAUAUAUUCCUUGCCACAAUAUUGGGCCCAAUAGGGAAAUUAAAAGAUGGAUAGGCUCUGCCCUCAUGAAUUUUAAAGUCUGAUUUGGGAAUGGGAACGUGGGUGUGUGGGGGGAAGAGAGUAAAUUGACAAAUAAUACAAAGUAGGAUGUUUUGCAUUCUAUAUGACAGUGGGUUUCAAAAAUUACUUUCAAUUUGCAACACAUUUAGAAAGCAUCUUUAUUUGGCUAGUCCAGAUAAUCUAAAUUAUAUAAUCAGUUUUAAAAAGUGCAUAUGUGAAGGAUUUUUAAAAGAGUUAAUGAAGGAGCUAAUCUUGCUUGUGCUUAUUACCUUGGCUUCUCAAAGAUUGUUUCUGUAUAUAUGAGAAUGAAAUUAUUUAUUUACUAUGGUUGUGCUAUAGAUUCAAAUAAACAAGAAUAAUAUUUCCUGUUUAUUCACUUAUUUUGGGUGAAUAUACUUAUUUAAUUUUUAAGAGAGGAUGUUUUAACAUCACUUUCCUUGUCAAUAUGAUUUAUAAUUUAGAGCAUGUCCAAAUAUAGUUUUCUAUUUUUAUUGGUUCAAUUUUCACUCUAGAGAAAUCUGUACAUUUGGAGAUAUUUUUCUUGUUUUGUGUUGGUUAACUAUAAUUCCUAACUGAAUAGUCUUAUAUUUCAAUUACCAAGUACAUUUUUUAAGAAAGGGAAUAGAUUAACAAAAAUGAUUACAAAAAGUUAAAAGUUCUACUUUUUUUCUGAAUUCUCAACAUGAUUAUAAAAAGUCAAUGCUCACUUACAAAUAUAGGAUAAAGUUUAGAGAAUUAAGGCAAAUUUACUGUAUAUACCUAUGCUGUUAAACUUUAUAUUAUUUGUUUUUGAUGGAGUCUUAUUGUGUAAUAUUUCUAUUGAAUUGUGUUGAAAACAAAAAAUAUUCUUCGUAAGCUCAAAGUAUGAGUGUCCUUUGCUUCUCUCAAAUACUUUGGCUUUGGAUAUGUAAUAUAAAACUUGGGAAAAUGCUAUUUAAGAAAUAUCAGUACUGUAUAAAGUAGUGAUGGAAUACGUGUAUUCAGUAUCACUUCCUUAAAAUAAGGGAAACAUUAUUUGUUGUCAAUAUUUAAGCAUGAACUGUUGCUUUAUAAGUUAUGUGUUUAAAUGUGUAAUUGGUACAGAUUCUGUUGUGUGCUUUCUCCUGUGCCUAAAAUAUUUGCCAUGUUACUUCUAGAGUUCUUAAUUUAUGUUCUAACUUGAAAGUGAAGUGAAACAUGACUGCGUGGUGCACUAUUUUAGGCGUAGCACUUGCUUUCAUCUUUACACUUUCAAUUAACUUUGCAUUUUAAGUUUCUAUGAUUGUAUGAAAAUAGUAACCUGAUUGCAGUGUCUGAAGAUGUCAAAAUCAGCUUUAAUUUGGAAACGAAAAUCUACAAUAGAUUUAUUAGGUUACAAGUUCCAUAAUAAUUUAUUAUUUUUUAAUACUUCUACUUUAGUGGAAUUAUUAAACAAAACAAAAGUGAACCUCUUCUACUAUGCUGGGAUGUUGCCACCAUGUGACUUACUGGACAGAGAAAUCUCAGGGCUAUCUUAGAGUUUACGCAAAAGGACCAGGACACCUGCUAGCAAAGCGUUGGAAAGCAGGGAGCCCAGGUUUGCCAUUAUACAAAGUUCAAUGUAAAAUUGCUUGGCAGGGAAUAGUUUUUGAUUAAUUAUUUAAAAUAAAUAUGGAAAUGUAUUUAGUUUAAAUAGAUUUAUUUAAAGUAUGGAUAUUUUAUUUCUCAUUAUGAAAUUAAGAAAGUAACAGUAGCAAAUCAGUACAGCUGAUGGCAGUUGAUGUCUUCAAUAACCAUUCGUUUAAAUAAAUUUACAAAUACAGCAUUUUAAGUUACUUGGAAAUGUUUGAGAAUUAGGAUCUUAAAAUGGAGUCGUUGUUGGUUUUUAAAGAUAUUCUAAAUAUCUUUUCUUUGUGAAACGUACUACUUCUAUGUUUGACAAUGCUUUGUAUUAGCUCCCUCCAUAAACUAAUACCCACAUGGACCUUAUGCACUAUUUAGUGAAGACAGUAAUCCUUUGGCUCCUGAGGGCUUCUUCUAAACAGAAAAACAAGUUAUUUGGGUUACAAAAUUUUUUUUUAAGUAUUAACAUUUAGAAUUUUUAUAAUAUAGGCAGUUUUUCAAAACAUUUCAAUGUAAA